CUACGAUCGUCUCCCUUCCUUUCGAGCUUCGAAUAAUUAACUGAACGGCAUCACGAUUUCAAUUCUCUAUUCAUCGCAUUCCCAAUCGCUCCCUCUCUCUCACCAUAUCCCCGACUGUUCCAUAAUCUCAAGAUGGCCAUCUGCAUCACCUUCGGGACUCAUGAAUUCACGUCCAUGCUAGAAGGCUACGAGAAUGUUCGUGCCUACUGCUACAACUGCCAACAUUGGAACGGACACUGUCUGACAAGAUGGCCCUGGUUCACCGUCUGCUUUGUUCCUGUCAUUCCUCUCGCUAUGCAUAAGUACAAGGAAGUAACCUGCUACACAUGCCGCUUCACCCAGGAUCUAGGCGACCGUCCAGAUAUCACCCCGGAGACAAGGCCUCCUCCGGGUGUCAUACCGGGCCAAUUACCCCAGGCGUAUGGGGGCGGGGCGCCGUACUAUCCACCCCCUCAGGCAUCGGGCGCGGUGGCACCACAGCAGCAGCAGCAGCCAGGACAGCAGAACUUUGUGUAUAAGUAAAUGCUUCGAUGUUUCCUGUCGGGUUCUGUUGUUUUGUUGCCGUUAGUAUUUUCAUCGACGGUGUGCGUUUUGUCUUCAUGUUUGACUGGAUUGGUAAGAUACCUCUUUGCUUCCUGCUUGUUUGUUCAUUUGCUGUUGCCAUGCUUUAUGCUGUGCUGUUUAUCCUCUGCUCAAGUCUACAAGCGAAAUGAGACUCAAUAUCAUAAACGUUGCAAUUCACUAGACAUACUAAAAACAAC